AUGUAUUCCGCAGAAAAGCAGCCUACCGUCACCCAAGCUCCAAAGAAGGAUAAGGCUCCGCCGCCGUCGUCGAAGCCGGCAAAAUCCGGAGGCGGGAAGCAAAAGAAGAAGAAGUGGAGCAAGGGUAAGCAAAAGGAGAAGGUCAACAACAUGGUUCUCUUCGACCAAGCUACUUAUGACAAGCUAAUCUCUGAAGCUCCCAAAUAUAAGCUAAUCACCCCCUCCAUCCUCUCCGAUCGUCUCAGGGUGAAUGGAUCUCUGGCGAGGAAGGCAAUUAGGGAACUGAUGGCAAAAGGUUUGAUCAGGAUGGCUCCAAAGAAGGAUAAGGCUCCGCCGCCGUCGUCGAAACCGGCCAAAUCCGGAGGAGGCAAGCAGAAGAAGAAGAAGUGGAGCAAAGGAAAGCAAAAGGAGAAGGUCAACAACAUGGUUCUGUUCGACCAAGGUACUUACGACAAGCUGAUCUCUGAGGCUCCCAAGUACAAGCUAAUCACUCCUUCCAUCCUCUCCGAUCGUCUCAGGGGGGUGGGGUUGAGAUCUGAUAAACCAGAGUAGUAGUAUAUUCUAGCCUAGUAGAGUUUGUACCCUGUAGUUAGGUUUAUGGAUUGUGGCACAUUGUAGUAUUUAGCCCAUUUCGCUGGUCACUGGGAUUUGAUGUAUCGUUUGGAUGGGAUCCUCAGACAUGUUGACUUCACUCUAAUGAGAAAUUGUGAUUCUUUGAUGGCAUAAAGUCUGAUCUUUUUGUUUGUUGUCAAAUGAGACAUUUUGCCACAAUGACUCGUUUCAAGACAUUGUGGGCAAAGUGCUUUACGGUGGAUCCCUAAUUCUACUCCAUUCUAUGUGAUUAGUUGCUCAAACCUGAGAUGAGAACUGUACACUCCCGAGCUUACUUUUUUUUUUUGGGUAAAAACUCCAGAGCUUACUUAACAUAUAGGUUACACCCCCUUGGUGAUCUUCAAGGGAUUGUGUUCAGCUUUAAUUUUUUCUCAGUCACUUGCUAUUUACAGUUGAAUGGCAUGUGGGAGGUUCUUCCUUUUCACCUCAUUAUUUGUCUCUCUGAGGAUUCUUACGAGCUAGGCUAACUAGCUGCGACAUGGAUUGGUGAAGGUUCCUUUUGGUACAUAGUUCUUGUUCUCUGUAUGUUAGCUUAUGUAUAUCAUCCAAGUAGUACCAGGGCUGGAGAGCGUUUAGUUUAUCUGAUCGUCACAGCCUGCAGUUUGAAGAAACUGGGUCCUCUUUGUCUUGUUGUUGGAUUUUGUUGAAUAGUGUGAUUACUUUGCCAUUACUUGAAUCAACUUUGUAUUUGUUGAUGCAAUUUCAAUAGGUGAAUGGGUCGUUGGCAAGGAAGGCAAUUAGGGAACUGAUGGCAAAAGGUUUGAUCAGGAUGGUCUCUUCUCAUUCAAGCCAGCAGAUUUACACCAGGGCAACAAACACUUGAACCUUGUUUACUUUCCAUUAUCAACUAUGAUUCCGCCGGGCAGAGAACUUUUGUUCAAUUUUGGCAUCGAUGUGGGCACUGUUUGUUUAAUCUUGCUGCUCUUACGCGGUACGGCAUUUGCAGGUUCUUGAUGUAUCAAGUGAAACCAUGAAUGCUAAGAAGAUAGUUUUGUUUUUCGAUUAAGCAGAAUUCGAGUCUGAACCGGGGGUGUCUUUAUUGAGUGCAGGACUUAAAGUAGUACUAUUGGACCAUUGUUUUAGCUGUCCUGUACGAUGGCUAGUAUAAAGUGGUAUGUAUAAAGAGUCUUUUCCUCUCGACAAAAACGACAUGGUAUGCAAGU